AUGUCGUGGAUCUCCAUCGUCGGUGCGCUCGUGCUUGGCGGCGGCAUGCUGAUGCGCAAGUCGCCGCUCGUGUAUGAGACGCGGGCGCCGACGUCGCAGUGGGCCGACGGGCCGAUGAAGCUGGUCCCGACGCCGCAGUUUGAAUCCGGCAAGGACGAUCUGCUGACCACCUCGGCAACGCACAUGGCGCUGCUGCACAACUCGCUCAUACGUGGCUACAACUCGAUCCGGCUGCAGGUGCCGCAUGUGCGCGACGAGGACAAGGCUGACUUUGUGGGCUAUACGAGGACGUGGCUGCGGUUCAUCAAGAGCCACCACGAUGAUGAAGAGAAGGUUCUGUUUCCCGAGAUGAGGUCCAUGCUCAGCGACACCAAGAUCUGGAAAGACGUGCCCGAGGAGCACGAAACCCUGCUCAAUGGGCUCAACAAGCUGGACGGCUAUCUCGGCUCCCUCUCGAAUGUCACGGCCCUUACUCCCACCGCCCUGCUCGAGAUUCUGGACGAGCUACACCCCACCCUCGAGCAUCACCUCCACCACGAAGUCUCCGUCAUGGCCGACAUGGCGACGCACGCCAAGGCGCCCGUGCGGGACUCGUUCGAGGGCGCCGUGGCGUCGGCGACGCUCAAGGACUGGGGCAAGAACACGGUGCGCAAGGCUGGCGUCACCGACGUCUUGCCCUUUUUCCUGCUCAACGCGGACCGCACGGCGGAGAAGGGCAUGUGGAUGAACUGGCCGCCCAUGCCCCGGCCCAUUCGCUGGGCCAUGGUCAACGUCGUGGGCGCGGUGCACGGUGGCUGGUGGCGGUUUGCGAGCUGCGAUGCGCACGGGCGGCCGCGGGAACUGCAUGCGCUGGCGGCGGGGGAUGGGAAAAUCAAGUCGGAGUUGUAG